AUGCCGAACGGACUCAUUCAAGAGUUAGCCACAGCUGUUGUGCACAGGUUCAUAGGCUAUAACAUCUCUGGGAAAAAGGAUGCAAACAAAGUUAGUGAAGCCAAGCUCUAUUUCUUAUGGGCAAUGCGUGCAGGAGUGAAGGUGUGUUCUAUGACCUUCUUGCAAGACUGUCUGCAAGAAAUUGCACUUAAUCAACGUGGCAUUCUGGCUCUCGGGCAUGUUGUUACGGCACUGGCCAAACAUUUCAGAAUCCCUGCUCAACCCGUCUUUAUUGACGCGACGUGGUCGGUGGAGGGCGCUCCAAUGCAAUGCCUUAACGAGCAUGAGCUCAGACAGGCCGACCUCAUUCAGAAUCGAACCACCCCUCAGGAGUAUACGAAGCGUAAGGUCUACGACAUCUAUUUCAAGAAAAUUAAGGGUAAUGAGGCGGUUAACACUAAUUAG